GGGCGGCCCGCCGGUGCCCGCCCGCCCUCCCGGGCCGUUCGUACCGCGGCAGCAACGCGCUCCGCCGGGCCUGCUCCCUGGGGCCGGCCUGAGGGGCGAGGCGGGCCGGGCCCGGGGGAGACGCGGGGCGCUGCGGCCGGGCCGGGCGUCGUGGUCGGGGUGUGGGGGGGAGCGGCGCUGGCUCCCGGUUGCGAAGCGGUCGUGAAACAGCGUGUCCGUUCCGGAGGCGAGGCCGUUACUUCCCUCCGUUUCAGAAGGCGGCCGAGUCCUGUUUUCCACUGAUCUUUGCAGCACGGGGCAAGGAAAUUCAUGUAAAUAAGGUGUUUCAGUCUUGAUUUGAGAAUCCUAAUCAAGAGACUGUUCCUUUUCUUAAGACUAACUGGAUUCCUACUGUACAAGCAUGGAAGUGGUCUUGCAUUAUCGACCACAUCAGAGAGAUCUAAUGAAACUGCAGAAAUUUGCAGAAGCAGCAGUGAAGGAGUUUCCCAUUCGUCAGCUACCACGAUUUACACCCUGGUUUCCAAAUGAUUUAUACAGACUUCCCCUCAAACCAAAAAAGCUGCCACCUGUUAUUUCUUGUGAGGAAGCAGAAGAAUUGAAACAGCUUUCUACACCUUCAGAAUAUGUUACAGGAUCUCCUGAUUAUGACUGCACAAAAAAUCUCCUUGAGUUUCAGUCUAAUGUGAAACAUGGGCAGACUUUAAUCCAAGCACAAACUGUUCAAACACCAAUUAACUUGGAGAAUCAAGGAGACCUACCACAUAAUGGAAAGCAAAAAUUGAACAGGUCUUGGAGUGUCUCUCUCCCUAGCCCUAAGCUUAAAGAAAAGAUUCUUCCUUUAUCUCAAGAACUGCAAAAUAAUUUGGAAAGACUACAACUGCAUGCGUUUUAUAGAGCAAAAUGGACAAUUGAACAGUCUAUUUGUAAUAAUCAGAAUUUGGAGGACAUCUGGAUAAAACUGAAUAGACUCAUCAAGCAGAAUGAAUUGCCAUCUUGCAAUGCUACUAUCCAAAGAUCUGUGGGACAGAUAUGGAUUUUCUGUGAUAUAUUAUACUGCGAAUAUGUUAGAAAUAUUCUUAGGGAAAAGCUAAGCCUUACUGAUAAAAUGAAUUUGCUUGUACAUAAAUUUGGAAUUAUAUUUAGUUUAUAACUGUGAGAUAGAGUUUCAAUAUAAAAUUGCUGUCUGAAGUACUAGAGUUUUUAAGCAGCUUAGAAUAUAUAAACAACUGAUGAAUUAAUGAGCAGAAAACUACUUAAUAUUACUUUGCUACAGUUUUUUAACCAUAAUAAAUAUAUUUAUUUAACUUUGUUUUGCCAGGAGAUUUAUGAAUGGUUCUAUUAAGAUUAGUAAGUUUCUGUUUGGCUUAGUACUGCAUUUUGUAGCUUUUCUCUACCUCGGUGGUCUAAAGGAAAAAAAUUAAAAUAAAAAUUCCAGACUAUUAUGCCAAGCUGUGUCAGACAAUAAAAUGUAUGCUUUCAGUCAAGCAACGUACAUCCUUACUGUGUGUCUUUGAAUUUAGGAGAAGGAAAAAUAUUUUUAAGUGAGUUGUUAUAAUUGCUAUAAGGAUGUGUAACUAUUUUUGACACUGAGGCUUUCAAGAUCUGAUUAUUUCCUGAAAGUAGCGGGGGGGGGUGGGGGCGGGGGUGGUUUAAUGAAGGCAUAGCCCUCGCAUGAAAUACAAACUUACGUUCUAUUGCGUGUAUAUGCUGUCUUAGUAAUGUUAUCCAUAUUUUCCCAGAAAUACUAAUGAAAGUUUCAGUGGAAGUUUUGCACUGAAAAAUAAUGAACAACGUAGCAUUUGCUAGUUUAUGACUUUGGUAAUAAGAUCUUUUUUUUCCUGAUGUUUCUGGUCUUCUGUCUCUAAUUAUAUUGGGGAACAAGAAAGGACUAACUUCCAGCUACAGGUCAGGAAAUUAAGAAAUUGGACUUCUAUCUGUAAACCUCUAUUUGUUGUCAUUAUGGAAAGUAAAGGUCUCUGAGGACUUGAGUGCAUUUUAUGGUGAUAAAAGGCUAAGUUCAGCAUGACCUUUUGUCACCUGAAAGAAUACAGUGUUUCAAGGUCAUGUUUCAAGGACAUGACAAGGUCAUUGUCCCUGCUCAAUUCAAUGUUUGGAGGGUCAGUAGAGCGGUUCACCUGGGAUCAACAUGACUGCAAAGGAAUGUAUUUCUAGGCACCACUGCUGACUCCAGAUAAUUUUGCUGUAGGUGGAGGUCAAGGUCUGUGGCGUCUAGAAAAGGGGGAAAAUAAGUGAAUGUUAUUUGUAGGUUGUUAGAUUAUCAUUAACACUGAUCAAAUAAAGUGCACAUAAGUGUAAUAGAGAUCCCUCUGUGUAAAAACUAAAAAUCCCCUUGGACUUUUACUUACAUAUUUCUUUUGACAUCCUUAUAUUGGAAUAAUUAUAUUUUAUUAUAGGCAUUACAUAUCUUUUUGUAGUUUAAAAUUAAGGAUAUUGCUCAGUUUGGAUCAUUGGCAUUUAUUUCUAAACUUUGGCUCAAUGUUAAGGGGGUCUUAUAUUGACAUUUGGGGUGUUUGUGACAUUUAAUAUUAACACGUAGAAAAACUGAUGUAAAAUGCUGUCUAGAGUAACUGAGGAUCAUUAUUAGUUUUAAAGCUUAUAAAGCCAAGUUAUUUCACUGGAAAUUAUUUUUCUGAGCUUAACAUAAUAGUAACAAAGUUUCUUUGAGUGUCAGCAUUUUUAAAGAUCUAAUAGAGUAGAAUGCAGCGUGAUUUGAGUUUAAUUUAAUGAUGUAUUUUUUGUCUAGGAUCUUAGAAUAAAAGAGAUGAGGGGUCGUCCUGCAAAGAAACAGUAUUUUCUAAUAUUGAUAAAUAAUCUACAUAUCAUAAUUUAUUUGUUUCUGACUUUGUUCCAUGAUCUAUUUAUUUAUUUAUUGUGUUAAACGUGACUAAACUCGAUCUGUAACUAUUCCUUCAGAAACAGUCAGCAAGUACUAGUUUAUAUGGGCUUACUGUAGAUUUGAAUAAAAUUAGGUAACUACCAAUAAUACAGUCCCACUAUAUUUAAUAUAGCAACAGAAGUGCUAAACAAACACCUUACUAAACAGAAGAAGAGGUUGGUGUUGCUCUUCAGUGGUAGCUGUCAGCUUUCUGCUUCUUUGGGUUGGCUUGUAUGUGGAUAAUGAUACAUAUGCUGCUAGCUGUGAGCAUCUCAGCUGGAUAACUGCCAUGUAGCAAAAAGUGAAUGCCACAUUUGAUUUCUCUACAGAAUUAUUCAAUCUUGGGUAGCACCAAUGUACAAGCUGAAAUCCAGACUUUCAUUUUGAAACGUUCCAGAAAUGCUUAGUUCAUGUGUAAUUCAGUAUUUAUCUUCAUUUUCAGUGUUGAAUCUGAUUCUCCAUUUACCCUGUUUCACAUAUUUUAGGGCUUUUUAUUUACCUUGUUGUUCUAAGCCUUCAUAUUUUUCAACUUUUCACCAUAACAAAGAGAAUGUAUUUCCUUUUUUACGUGAAAACUGAGAUUUGUUUGUGUCGAUACUAACUUGCAUAGGUCUGCUGUAUUGUAGUGUAAGUUCUUGUGAACCAAUACAGCCCACUGCACCCAAAUGUAUAUGAAAUAUUUGAGUAUUUUACACAACUGUAAAUAGUGAAUGCUGACCAGACAUGUAAGAUGUGUAAAAGUACAAUAAAGAUAAAAACACAGUA